AUGCACGGUAGAGGCGGUUAUCGUCACGGGUAAGAUUGCAAUCAAAUCAAACGUUUUGAUUUUAAUUUUUUUUGGCAUUCCAGAUCUGAUCCACCAAUAAAAAGAUAUCGCCGUGACGACAACGCGGACCCCACCAAUCCGAAUCCAUCGAUUGUGGUUCAUGUCAGAAAUCUACAUCAAAAAGUAAACAUUUUUCUCUCGUUAGGAACAUGAUUUAACGAUUUUAGGCCACUGAAGCCGAUCUGCUUGAAGCGCUAAGCCACUUCGGUCCGGUCGCUUAUGCCACGUGCAUACCUCAUUCGCGAAUGGCACUCGUUGAGUUUGAGGACAUUGAGGGAGCCAAGGCAUGCGUCAACUUCGCCGCAUCGAAUCAAAUAAAUGUGGGAGGCCAGGUAAGAUUUAUGAUAAAGCGCGAUAGCAUUAGAACAAAUUACAGAGUGCCCUCUUCAAUUAUUCGACGUCGCAAUGCAUCGAACGAAUGGGAUUCGAGUCUGCCACUCCGAACAAGGUGCUCGUUGUGACUGUGCUAAACGCACAAUAUCCAGUGGAUGCCGACGUCAUCUACCAAAUCUCGAAUGCUCAAGGAAAGGUUCUCAGAGUGGCAGUAAUGCACAAACCGACCGUUGUGCAGGCUCUCGUGGAGUUUGAGAGCACGGAAGUAGCCCAGGCGGCGAAGCACGCAAUGAAUGGAGCCGACAUCUAUUCCGGAUGUUGUACUCUGAAAGUCGAGUUUGCCAAGGUUUGUCGAUUUUAGACAGAUCCAUUCUUACUCUCCGAUCUUCAUUCAGCCGGAUCACGUUCGCGUAACGCGUCAGGACAAAGAUCAACGAGACUUCACCCUCCCAGACAGUUGGUUUUCCCCUCAUUAUUUUAUAUUUUGCGCAUCCUCAUUCUUCAAUGAACUGGUUCCGUAUCGAUUGCCUGUCUUGUUGUGUCUGUCGUUUUGGAGAAACAACACGCAAACAGUCACACAACAUCCCCAGAGACAAUCAGAAAACGCAUAGAGAAUGAAAAUAUCCCCAAGUAGACAAAAAACGAAAGAGCACAAAAAUCGAAGCAAAGCAAAACAAGGCAACAAUUUCGCACAAAACUAUAGCUCAAUUUUGCAUAAGACACAACCGGAACAAUCUGAAAGUGCACAAAUCUUUCAGUAGUAGACACAUCAAUUUCAGGUGAAGGACCUUUUGAUAACGGAAGAAAGACGUUGAUUCCAUCGAGACCGGACGAUCACUGUGGGUAGUCCUCACAAACGUUUUCGAAUACGAAUAGUUCCAGAUCGGCGUCCCUUCGACUUUCCCGAACGGGAUAGAUUUUUAGAUCGACGUGAUUAUCCUCCACAGGCGCAUAGUUAUCCGCCACGUGGUGGACCGUCCGAAUACUAUGAAGACCAUGGACCUCGAGAUCGAGGAGGACCACCGCCUCCGAGAUACAGAGACGAUUACGAGGAUAGAGGCGGAAGAAUGGCCCCACCGGUUGGAGGAGGACCCGUGAGAGGAGAAUAAUAAAAGUACAAGGAAAACAACUAAUUAGUUCCAGAACUGUGUUCUUAUGGUGUACGGUUUGGAGCACGGAAAGAUCAACUGCGACAUGCUGUUUAACAUUCUCUGCCAAUACGGAAAUGUUCUCAGAGUUAGUCAGAAUGUUAACAGUUUAUGCAAAGUCAUUUCUUUUAGGUGAGCUUCAUGCGUUCCAAAAUGGAAACCGGAAUGAUCGAAAUGGGAACACCGGACGAGCGUAUGAAUGUUCUCGACUUCCUGCAAGGAUUCGAACUGUUCGGACUCAAACUGGAAUUCAAACCGAGCCACCAAGACGGCGUGCACAUUCUCCGUGAUCCGUUUCUCCUUCCUGACGGCUCACAAUCGUUCCGCGACUUCUCUCUGUCUAGAAAUCAGCGAUUCACUACGCAAGAACUCGCCUCCAAGAACAGAAUCAUCUUCCCGACGAACGUGCUUCAUUGGUUCAAUGCUCCAGGCACUAUGGACGAAGAAGCCCUCCGGCAGAUGAUUGCCGAUAAAUCGACGCAUGCUCCCGUCAAAGUUGAAAUUUUCCCAUCGAGAAAUGAACGAUCGGCCGCGGGCACAGCUGAAUUCGAGACUACCGAACAAGCGAACGAAGUGUUAGCCCUAGUCAAUCACACGCCAGUCAACAGUCCCUACGGAAGUGUUAGUUGUUUUUCUGACAAUCCCUUUGUGCUCAUUAUGUUUCCUUCAGGCUCCUUUCAUUGUCAAAUGGGCGUAUGCGACUCCUCGUCGUUGGGACGGAAGCAGUGGAGAUCCACCAAGAUACGAAGACGGCGCCGGCGACGGGGACAGAAGAGAGGGCAUUCAACCUGCGUACGGACGUAAGGACCACCCCCGUAUUCCCAUUUUUAUUUCCACUUUCAAUUUCUUCCAGAAUCUCCGCCGUUCCGUCGUGGUCGUGGAGAAUCUAGUUUCCGUCGUGAAUCCUAUCGAGGAGGACUGCACGGGAACAGUGAUCGUGGCGGUGGAGGAGGAGAUCGGUUCGCUCCGUACGGACCUCCGAGAGGGGGCGGAUUCCGCGGCGGCAGAGGAAGAGGUGCACGCUUCAACGACUACUAA